AUGGGUAUCCUUACCACCCAAGAUAAAGAAAAGAUUAAAAGAACAAUUCCCAAGGCAAGCAACAAAAUUAUUGAUGCCACAGUAGCUCGUUUGUACAUUGCUUACCCCGACCCGACGCAAUGGGUUUACACUGGAUUAAUGGGCGCCAUUGCUCUUGUUGAUGAUUUAGUGGGCCACACCUUUUUCCUUAAACUUGUCGAUAUAACGGGACACCGCGGAGUGCUAUGGGAUCAAGAACUCUAUGUCGAUUUUGAGUAUAAUCAAGACCGGAAAUACUUUCAUACUUUUGAAAUUGAAGAUUGUCUUGUGGGCUUACUAUUUGAAGAUACCAAUGACGCCUCCCAUUUUUACAAACGAGUUACACAUCGUCAGAAACAUGGGUCAAGUGCAACAGUCAAGAAUAAGAAUGCAAUUGCCUUAAAGGAAAGGGCCGAACCAAAAGGACAUAAUGCACCAGGUCCUAGAGGAGAAUUUAUGGAUGUUAAUACCGCCCAACGACAAAGAAGGGCAAAGGGAGUAUUGUAUUAUGAUGAUGUUCCACCACCAGAAUGGAGAUCACUUUAUGCUGAAUUGGAGUCUGCCGGUAUCACCGAGGAUAUGAUUGUUGAUAAUAGACAAUUUAUCAAAGACUACAUUGCACAACAAGGAGGACCUCUUGUGGGAUUGGAACCACCAAUACCAAGAAAGUAUCAAAGAGCACAUGAAAAGGCCAUGGGUACUGAAAAUGCAGCAGAGGUGGCGUCAGUACCGGAAUCCAGACCCAGCAUGAAACACAAGAAGGCACCACCUCCACCUCCACUGGCGCCUCAAACAUCUUCCCCUUCGGUGGCCACAUCAUCAAACCAAUCAAUCAAUUCACCUACUCCAGAAGUGGAAUCCUCACCUACACCAACUCCUGCAUCGGAACCCGCUGCUGAACCAGCUGCUGAACCGGUGAAGCGAGUUUUUAGAGUUCCGCCACUGUCUGCAUUUGCACCACCUGCUAGAACAACAUCGACUUCAUCGAACGAGAGGCCACUACCUGCUCCACCAUCGCAGCAGCAGCAGCAACAGCAACAACAACAGCAUCAGUAUCAACCUUCCCCUCCAUCACAAAGUCAAACACCACCAAACACGCAGAGAAAAUAUGCUGUUCCUCCACCUUUGUCUAACACUGUCCAUCAAGUUCCACCACCGCCUCAGUUCAAUCAAGCACAACAAGGACAACAGAAUCUACCAGCGCCACCCGCUAGAGGUGGAGUUCCACCACCUGCACCACCAAGUCGAGGAAAUGCGCCACCUCCUCCACCUAGAACAAAUCAUUCAAUCAACACCAAUGUUCCAGCACCUCCUCCAAGAGCGUCACCUAUUACACCAACAAAAACGGGACCUAAUGGAUCGCAACCGCCACCUGCACCACCUCCAAGAGCAUCGAGAGGUGCGGCUCCUCCCCCACCGCCACCUCGAAGUCUGGCCAGUCAUGCAAGUAGCUCGCCGCAAGUGCCUCCGCGCAAUGCUUUUCCACAACUGCCAACUCAACAACCAGUUCAGCAACAGCAACAACAACAGCAACCAAACAUUCCAGCCCCGCCCCCUCUCCAACCAAGACCUAUGACAAUUCCUCCAACGCAGCAACCACAAGCAAAGCCGCAGACACAACCCUAUGGCCAAGCAACAGCUCCUCCACCACCGUCUUUACCUCCUUCCCAACAACCUCAAACGCAAGCUUAUGGUAAAUCGGCUGCUGCACCACCUCCGCCACCGCCACCACCUCCUCCGGCAAUGUCAACAAUGUCAAGUGGGUCUACUCCUGCUCCACCAGCGCCACCUCCUCCAGAUAUGUCUGGUGGUUCAUUUACAGAAUCUACAGGAGAUGCGGGUAGGGACGCUCUUUUGUCGUCAAUUAGAGGCGCUGGUAUUGGUUCAUUGAAAAAGACCGACAAAUCACAAUUGGAAAAGCCUAGUGUUGUACUACAAGAAGCCAGAGGAGAACCAAUGCAGACUAAUGACACUUCUAGUGUUGGUGGAAAUGCUGCUGGAGCACCACCUGCUACCUUAGCUGAUGCUUUAUCGGUUGCUUUGAACAAACGUAAAGGUAAAGUUGCGCAUAGUGAUGAUGAAGAUGAUGAUGAGUGGUAG